UGGCGAGGUGGAAGUGGAUUAACAGCUGAAGCACUGUUACAGCAAUGGUGGAUAUUUGGUGGUCGUUGUUGGGGGCUGCCAUUCCAGCUGUUGUAGCCGGGCAAGCCAUUAGAGUGAAGAGAAGACGAGCUGAGGAACAAAAGCUUAAGAGUGCUCGAGGGCGUGAGAAGAACUCAGAUGAUAUCUUUGUCUGUGAGAGAGUCUGUACUUCAAAAAGGAUGCUGAAGAAGGUUGGCGCAUUCUCUAAAGACCCAACUCCUGAUACAUGUGUUACUGUUUGUGGUGUUUCUGAGCUUGAUGCUUGUGCUGAUGCUUGUGCACGGACUGUUUGUGUUAACCAACACCAAGUGCCCAAUUGGAAUGACAUCUGCCUCAAACGGUGCCAAAGUGAAUGCCUUAAGCUUUCUUCAUCUUUGACUCUUUAGAGCAUUUUUUGUCAUGAUGGUACCUUCAUGAUUUUACCAUUCCAACAGAAAAGCAAUACUUUCUUCCCUCUUGUUGAUUUAAUUAGUGGAUCAUGGAAUUUGUUGUUUGUUUGUUCUUUUUGGCUAUUGUUAUUUUAUAAUUAAUUUUUU